AUGACAUUUCAUCGCAUCGCCGUAGUGGCCGCUUUGUUGGUCGUUUCCGUUGCUACGUCGUCUUCGCGACCGUUGAAGCGCAUAGUGGCCGUAGCAGAUGUUCAUGGUGAUCGACGUAACUUGAUGCAGGCCCUUGAGAAUGGCCGGGUACUGGUGCACAAGCAUGGUCCCGAGCAGGAGGGAGUUGAAUGGCAUCCAGAAGCCUCAGACCCUGCAGAGCCUGUUAUGGAAGGCACUCAGGUGGUUCAACUAGGGGACUUGGUCGAUCGAGGGCCGCUUGGUCUGCAGUGCUAUCGUCUCAUGCAAGAUCUGUACGUGGCCGAGGGGGCCAAUGAGGUGGUCCGAGUGCUGGGCAAUCACGAAGUCCUCAAUUUGCUGGGCAUGGCCGGCCGGUAUGUGACUGAUGAGGAUGUCGCCGAAUUCGGCGGGGAGGAGGCCAGGAGGGAGAGUUGGUCCCCCGGUGGUGAGAUCUGGACCAUCCUCAAAGACCACUACGAGUUGGUCCACGUUUAUGGAGGUCAUAGGUUCGUCCACGGCGGUGUGAUGCCGGCCUUGACCGACCGCUCGAUCGACGAGUUGAAUGAGCAGGCUUCUAGGAUGAUCAAAAAUGGGGCUCUCAAGAACCCUCUACUACUGUCGGAGUCCAGCCCUUUGUGGUCCCGAGUAUACGCCUUGGGUACGGACGAAGAGGCGUGCCCACCGUUACUGAAUGUCCUGCGGCAUUACGGUGUGGCCCGAAUGGUCGUAGGUCACACCCCUAGUGAGGAUGGUCGGAUGAAGGUACGCUGUGGAGGAAGGGCCAUCCUCGCUGAUGUCGCCCUGUCACGGUGGAUGGGUCGGUACCCUCAUCAUGGUCACCCUGCGGCCCUGGAGAUGACGCUGGUAAACGCGACACACUUGGAGAAGAUAGAAGCUCAUUAUGGUCCAGAGAACGACACUGGUGCAGGCCAGCACCAGCUACUGUGGACCAACACGGACGGCCUCAUUGAAGUGGGCAAGGAUGAGUUUGCUGAUUCGGACGAGGAUGAGCUGUGA